UUACCGUCCUCUCUCUCUCUCUUUUUACUCACAAUUCCCUUUGCUUUUCCUUUUCUCUCUCCUCUCUCUAAAUCAUUUAAAACUGCACUGCCCAUUGCUCCCUUAUUUUCGCCAGGAGCACCACCUCUUACUGUUCAGGCUUUGUAUUCUAGUGAUUACAGUGUCAAAGAAGCACUCCCUAAGUUCUCUAGUUGGUAGGCAGUCUCUUAACAGUUCACACAAGGGGGCAUGUUUCUAGAUGCACAUGCUUUUUAAUGGUUGUUAAGUUCUCCAGUAAACCACAUAAUGGCUACUGCUGCGGUAAUAGGAAUCAGCACAGGGAAGAGGCUUCUAAGGUCUUCCUUCUUGGCAUCUGAUAUAGAAAGGGUCAUCCCCAUCUAUGAUUUUGGGGCAACACAGUUUCCAGCAGUUUCACAUAAAAGUUUUAUAGUUUCAAAAAAGUCACCUGGGUUUGGACCCAAUUCUCCGUCUAAUAGACAGACCCAAUACAUAAAUGCUAUAAAGGAACAUGUGAACGCACCUUCUUCUUCUUCUUCUUCUUCAACUACAGAGGCAAACCCCGACUUCGAAUCUUCUCUAGAGGCUCUAAUUUUGUUGCAGAAGUCUAUGCUGGAGAAACAGUGGAACCUUUCUUUUGAUCAAGCAGGAACAUCAACUGAUUUAUGUGAAGAAAGUUGCAAAAAGUUGGGAGUAAUCAGUUCAGGCGCAUCUGCUCGGCAGAGGAGAAAUAGUUUGAGGAGGCCGUUAAAUCAGAGGGCUGGCACUGUUUUGGUGCGUAGAAAAAAACAAGCCACACCAAUUGUGAGCCCGGAAUUGCUUCAGGGUCACUUUAGAGGUUAUGUGAAAGGCAUUUCUAAUGAUAGUUUGCUUUCUCAUGCCGAAGUCGUGCACUUAUCAUGGAAGAUUAGAGCCGGCCUUUCUUUGGAGGAGCACAAAUCAAGGUUGAAGGAGAAACUAGGGUUUGAUCCCUCUGAUGAGCUGCUGGCUUCUUCUUUGAAAAUAUCUCGCUCUGAAUUGCAUUCAAAAUUGAUUGAAUGUUCUUUGGCGAAAGAGAAGCUAGCAAUGAGCAAUAUUCGUCUUGUGAUGUCUAUUGCUCAGAAAUACGAUAACAUGGGGAUUGAAAUGGCUGAUCUGAUUCAGGGUGGUUUGAUUGGAUUAUUACGUGGUAUUGAGAAAUUUGACUCCUCAAAGGGCUUUAAGAUUUCAACGUAUGUAUAUUGGUGGAUACGCCAGGGAGUUUCAAGAGCAAUGGUUGAGAACUCAAGGACACUAAGAUUGCCUACACAUUUACACGAAAGACUAAGUUUAAUUCGAAAUGCGAAGAUUAGACUUAAAGAACAAGGGCUCACACCUUCCAUACAUAGGAUAGCAAAAAGCUUGAACAUGUCAAAGAAGAAAGUUAAAAAUGCAACUGAGGCAAUGACAAAGGUAUUUUCAUUGGAUCGAGAAGCCUUCCCUACACUGAAUGGUCUUCCUGGGGAGACUCUACACAGUUAUAUUGCUGACAACAAUCUCAUGAACAACCCAUGGCAUGGAGUAGAUGAAUGGUUGCUGAAGGCAGAAGUUAACAAGCUUAUAAGUUCAACCCUAGCUGAACGGGAACAAGAUAUUAUACGGCUUUACUAUGGACUGGACAAAGAAUGCCACACAUGGGAGGAUAUCAGUAGAAAAAUUGGGUUAUCUAGAGAAAGAGUUAGACAAGUUGGUCUUGUUGCACUGGAGAAAUUGAAGAAUGCAGCAAGGAACAAGAGGUUAGAGGCAAUGCUGGUGAAACAUUGAAUUGGUUUGUUUCUGUAUCUAAUUGGCCAUCCAUUUAUGGUUGUAUAUAUAUGACAUCAAUCUCGUUGUAAGGAGUUUGAUACGACAAACACAUAAGAUCCCAAAAGCUACACCUAGUACCUCUCUCCUUGUAACAGAAAUCGUAUCCCCAGGUGUUAGCGUCAGAUAUUUGAGAAGCUGCUAUUGUCUAGCAAAAACACUGAGAAGUUGUAUAAAAUGGAAAUUUUUGUGUACAAUAGGAAAUAAAUUUAUUUUUAUUUU